AUGAAGCUCUCCCUGGCCCUUACGUCUCUUAGUCUCUAUAUCGCGCCAGCGUUCGCAGAGCCAAUCGGAUGGGUAUGGCAAACUGCUUUGAACGAGAUUUACAUCAAAGGAAAUGUCACUGGUGCAACUAUGGAGUGCUUCUUUUAUAAGUAUAUUCUACCCAUAACGAGUGAUCCUCUUAUGCUUAACUAG